AUGAUCUCUCUCAGCCAUGUUGAUAUCGAGCUUCUGUCUCCAUUUCCUCGGGUUCUUGUGCCGUCGAGAAAGCGGGCGACAGUGCCACAAGUUGUCCGAGACAACAAGCUCCACUUUGAAAAUGCCGUCGUGCGACAACUCAGACUCGUUGCAAAGGAUCACUUGUUCUCGAUUGCACUCAUGGGUCAGUUGUACAUUGGGCGCGUCGUUGCCGCCGUGGGCGAAGCUGGCCAACCCGUGCCAAUGGGAGUCAUCAUGUCGACGACGACUGUGUUCCUUCACAUGGACUAUCCAUCGUCGUCCCUGGACGAGACUGCUCGCGAUUGGAAGGCUGUAUGGGAUGCUUAUCCGUGGCAAGAGCGCAUGCUGCUCGCGGGUCUAGCGGGGUACAAUGCCUUGGUGGACCAUAUCGUGUUGCAUCUGCGAUUGGCGUUAUCCCUGGACAAACCUUCCAUCACGUCACACGGAUUCCUUGUUCAAGGCGUAGGUGGUGUUGGCAAGACGCUGCUUCUCGAGGCAUUGCGGCAACAAUUGGUGGCUCUGCAUGUGCCCGUUGUGCUGGCAGACAGCCACACGCUUCGCCUCGAGGCCGACACCAGUACGGCUUUUCCGUCGACGUCACAAUUCUUGGCCCAUUCCCUUCGUUCAUUGGAAGCUUCGUCAAACAAUCAUCAACACGGUGUAUUUCUUCUCGACAACGUGAAUGCGCUCGUGGAAGACGACGGUACAAUCUCAGCGCUCGGGCGGAGUUUGCUUCAAAUCCUGGAUCAAUGGACUGAGCAAGGACGUCCGCUCGCCGUGGUCGCAACGGCAUCGAUGAAGGCGCUUCCGUCGUCUCUCACGCGGACAGGUCGGUUGGAGCGACAGUUGCUCAUGGAGGUUCCAACGGAGGCCAUGCGCGCCGCAAUCGCCGACCGACUUUUGCACGACACGGUGCUGGCGGCGGCAUUGGCAAGUGCCACAGGUGGUUACGUCGGGAAGGAUUUGAGCAAGAUCGUGCGGCAUGCAACUGCGAUGGCCAAGUUGAAGGGGCUUGCUGCCCCGACAUGGUUGGAGCUGCUAAAGGCACAAGGGACCACGCCUCCGUCCCAGUUGCAAGACUUGAACGUCCAACGGCCAGAUAUCGACUCGUCUUGGAACCAGUUUGCAGGUUACGACGCCCUCAAGUCGCGCCUCGUCGAGUUGGUGUCGUACAAGUUUGACAAAAAGGACGCGUUCGAGCGCCUGGGGGUACAGACUGUGUCGGGCGUGUUGCUAUAUGGACCGGCAGGAUGUGGGAAAACGAUGCUCGUACGCGGCCUUGCGGCAGUCUCCAAGGCCAACUUUGUCCAAGUUCAGGCGUCCAAACUCGUGUCCAAGUACUUUGGCGACACCGAAAAGGCAAUUCGGGAUCUCUUUGCUCGCGCCCGGUCGUCCGCGCCGUGCAUUUUAUUCUUUGACGAGCUCGACUCGAUUGCGGCCAAACGAGAGUUUUCCAACGACAGCGGCGGCGACGCGGGGGCGAGUGGCGUCUAUGCACGAGUAUUGUCGACACUCUUGAAUGAAAUGGAUGGGGUUGGCGGCCAAGGCGACAUCGUGGUCGUGGCCGCCACGAACCGCGUCGACUCGCUGGAUGCGGCGCUGGUGCGACCCGGGCGAAUGGACCAGAUGCUAGAGGUGGGGUAUCCAUCCUCGGCCGAUCGACGGGCCAUUUUUCGCCAAUACACGAAAACCAUGCCGUUGGCGGCCGACGUCGAUUUGGACGCGGUGGCAGCAUGGACUGACUGCGACUCGACCGUCACGGGGGCCAUGAUCCGCGCCAUUUGCAAAGACGCAGCAUUGCACGCACUGCGGGAGAGCGAGGCAACCACGUUCGUGGCUCACCGGCACUUUAGCCAGGCGACGGCGGACUACUUACGGGCAUAG